GAUUCAAAAAUUCCGAAGCAGCCCUUCCCGCCUCUUCUGGCAUUAGUUUGCUCCCAGCCCUCGACGCACGAAUAAGAAUUACUUGUGAAAUUUGCGAAUUGUUUUCUAAAAAUCAAAAUGGUCCUGGCAACUUUAUCCGCGGGUGUUAUUGCUCGCAUUAUGCAUGGCGAGGUUGUCGACAAGCCGGUGCUGCAGAUCCUGGCGAUCAAGAAAAUCAACAGCACUGCGGAUGCGGAGCGCUACCGCAUCCUGAUCUCAGACGGCAAGUACUUCAACAGCUAUGCUAUGCUGGCCAGCCAGCUGAACGUGAUGCAGCACAAUGGAGAGCUGGACGAGUUCACCAUCGUGCAGCUGGACAAGUAUGUGACCUCCAUGGUGGGCAAGGACGGAGCUGGCAAGCGUGUUCUCAUCAUAUCCGAGUUGACUGUCCUUAAUCCCGGUGCCGAGGUGAAAGCCAAAAUUGGCGAACCCGUGACUUACGAGAAUGCCGCCAAGCAGGACCUGGCGCCCAAGCCGGCCAAAUCUACUUCUCAGCCCGUUGCCAAAAAGGAACCAGCCUACAACAACAACAAUAAUAAUGUAACAAUGAAUUCCUCGAUUAACAGUGGCAUGACCCAUCCGAUUUCCAGCCUGAGUCCCUACCAAAACAAGUGGGUGAUCAAGGCACGCGUCACCUCCAAGUCGACUAUUCGCACCUGGAGCAAUCCCCGCGGCGAGGGCAAGCUCUUCAGUAUGGAUCUAAUGGAUGAAUCGGGCGAAAUUCGUGCUACGGCCUUUAAGGAGCAGUGCGACAAGUUCUACGACCUCAUCCAAGUGGACAGCGUCUACUAUAUUUCUAAGUGCCAGUUGAAACCGGCCAACAAACAAUACUCGACGUUGAACAACGCCUACGAGAUGACCUUCUCCGGCGAAACGGUUGUCCAGUUGUGCGAGGAUGCCGACGACGAUCCCAUUCCGGGAAUUAAGUACAACCUAAUUCCCAUUUCCGAGGUGUCCGGGAUGGAGAACAAGGCAUCGGUGGAUACUAUUGGCAUUUGCAAGGAGGUGGGCGAGGUGCAGUCUUUCGUUUCCCGCUCCACAAACAAGGAGUUUACGAAGAGGGACAUUACGCUGGUUGACAUGAGCAACUCGGCCAUCAGUCUCACACUGUGGGGCGACGAAGCCGUCAACUUUGACGGCCAUGUGCAACCUGUGAUUCUGGUCAAGGGAUCGCGCAUCAACGAGUUUAAUGGCGGCAAGUCCUUGAGCCUCGGCGGUGGUUCCAUUAUGAAAAUUAACCCAGACAUCCCCGAGGCUCACAAAUUGCGCGGCUGGUUCGACAACGGAGGUGGUGACAAUAUCGCCAACAUGGUCUCGGCCCGAACUGGCGCAGGUAACUUCUCCGCCGACUGGAUGACUCUGAAGGAUGCGCGGGCUCGCAAUCUCGGCAGCGGCGAUAAGCCCGACUACUUCCAGUGCAAGGCAGUGGUGCACAUCGUCAAGCAGGAGAAUUCCUUCUACCGCGCCUGCCCCCAGAGCGAAUGCAACAAGAAGGUCGUUGACGAGGGCAACGAUCAGUACCGCUGCGAGAAAUGCAAUGCACUGUAUCCCAACUUUAAGUACCGCCUGCUUAUCAACAUGAGCAUCGGCGACUGGACUUCCAACCGCUGGGUCAGCAGCUUCAAUGAGGUUGGCGAGCAGCUUCUCGGACAUUCUUCGCAGGAAGUUGGCGAGGCCCUUGAGAACGAUCCAGCCAAGGCCGAGCAGAUAUUCUCCGCCCUCAACUUCACUUCGCACAUCUUUAAGCUGCGCUGCAAGAACGAGGUUUACGGCGACAUGACCCGCAACAAGCUCACUGUUCAAUCCGUGGCCCCCAUCAAUCACAAGGAGUAUAACAAGCACUUGCUUAAGGAGUUGCAGGAGCUCACUGGCAUUGGCUCUUCCAACUAAUUUCCAUGUGCAGCUCACUUGCACACAUAUACCAUAAGCUAUGAAAAUAAGCUGUUCAUUAAAUUACCUAAGUUAAUUCAAAACAUUGUGAAUUGGGUCUUAUCUCAGACACUUUUCUGUUCUAAACCGAUUUAUAUAUACUCUUCAUCGCGGAUUUGUUAUUGUGAAAACCAUUGAAUUAUAGCAUGAUAAAAUAAGUUUCUAAGCAUGUAUUUUUUUAUUCGCUUGUCAAAGUCCUUAAAAUGUCAUGGGAAGACACAUUUUGGAAAGUCGAAACUUAAAAGGGUUUUCCAAGCUUAAUUCAAGCCAACCUGCAACCUUAGAACAUACAAUUGUUAAGUUUGCUUGUGCCAUUACAAAUAUAUUAAUCUUUAGAAUAUAUACGCGAUGUUCUUAUGUGUGUAUAUUCUUUUCUUAUGAGAGUAAAGCUUUCAAAGCUUUACUAGCUCAAAAGUUGACAGAUUCAGUUUAGUAAGAUACAAAUUUGAAAACUAACUGAAUCAUUGUGUAGCUAAACAUUAUUUUUUAUUCACUUGCUCAGCUGUUGUUUAGUUUUGAUUUUUGUUGAUUCGUAUUCCCGCCAAAAUUGAAUCAGCCAAUCCGUGCUCGUGUAUUGAUAAGAAUUGUCGUCCGUUUGGCUAUUUAAGCAGACGCUGACAAGUGUUUGAUUGCAUUCAUUGUUUAAUGGUCGCUGCACUAAGUAUACGCUCCAAAUUUUCCAUUUAGUCCAUACGAUAAUUGAAAAAAAUUGUUCUUAAAAUGAACCCAAUUGAAAUUACUCCAAAAAAUAACAAGAUAUCAAUGUACAUAUCUCAACCGGAAACGAUUUUAUGAGUUUAACUUAUUAAUGUACAUACAUUUUUGGGGAUUCCCAGCCUAUUUCCAGUUUGAUAUCAACGCAGCUUGAGAAUCCAACCAUAAGAGUCCGCGUUACAUGGAAGUCUGAGAUCACACUCUGGCAGUCUCUUUUCAGAAAUGGAAUAAUCUUCCAUAUGCAUUUGCUGGAUGAAUCAGGCCAAGUUACUGGAGUUUUAUUUGAUUGGGAGUGCGCAAUGUUUUAUGAUCAGAUUGAAGUAGGAAACGUAUACGUUUUCUCUAAUUUUGUUGAGAAAGACGAAGUGAGGUUCAGAGUUCUGGAUCACACCCGUCAAAUUGGAUUCGGUUUUUAUACAGUUGUUCAACCAAUUGCCGAUGUUCCAGAAAUUUCCAAAAUCAAGUAUGAAUUCGUGCCGCUUUCAAAGAUUUCUACAAAGCCGGAUGGGGAUCCAGUCGACGCAAUUGGAAUCUGCACUGAGGUGCGUGGUGUAGAAAACCGAGGAGGUAAUAUAAUUCGAGAACUUUUGCUUGUGGACGCCGACUACCAGAAAAUCAUGUUAAAUCUGUGGGAAAAGACCGCCGAAAAAUUUGAGGGUGCUGUUGGGGAUGUGAUCGUGGUCAAAGGAGCACGUGUCCUAGAACAUAACAACGAAAAAAAAAUGAACGCCAGCUGGUACACCAUGAUGCAGAUCAAUCCUGAAAUUCCAGAGGCCAUUGAAAUGCGAGAAUGGUACGGAAAUAAACAAGAAAUUGUUUAAUAUUGUAAGCAUGUAUAGAAUAUAAUAACCCAGACACUGUUUGAUAAACAGCUACUUACAUACUUGUGCAAUAAAUAAAUUGAAAAUUUAUAAAA